AAUUUGUUUUACUAUAAUACUGCAUUUUGAGUUGCAUAGCUAAAAAACUAGCAAUUUGACAGAUUGUUAGAAGUAUGUAUGCAACCAAUUAUACAUUAAAAUAUUUGUUUACGUUUGCCGAUUGCUUUCUGUAAAUUGUAAUUCGCGAUUCAGUUUAGAUUUCUGAAUUAAAAAAGAAAAUUACCGAAAUGACUAACACUACAGCAUUAAAUACAUCUAAUGGUUCUGUUGGCGAAGAGAUUCCAGACACGACAAAUGUUUUUAAAAGCAGAGAUUUCAUGUAUAAGCUUAUCAUAAGCCAGCUAUUAUAUGAUGGGCAUCAAAAUAUUGCUACGACACUUAUACAAGCUGUGCAAGCAGAACCAAAUAAUGCACCAAGCGAUAGAUUAUAUCAUUUAAUUGUAACAGGUCUAGAACAUGAACCUGGUUUUAAAGAUAGACCAAAAACUAUUGGUUUUGGAAGCAACAAUAUCGGCCCAGGAUUAGAUUUGGAGUUUGAAACUGAAUCGAAUGUCCCAGCUCCAGAGCCUGCUCUAUAUGAGACCGCAUAUGUUACUUCACACAAAGGAAAUUGUAGAGCAGGAUGUUUCUCAACAGAUGGUCAGCUUAUUGCUACUGGGAGUGUGGAUGCUAGUAUUAAAAUUCUGGAUGUAGAUAGAAUGUUGGCGAAAUCAGCACCUGAUGAAAUGGAUCCAUCAAGAGGGGAACAACAGGGACAUCCAGUUAUUAGAACACUCUAUGACCAUAUGGAAGAGGUUACAUGCUUGGAAUUUCAUCCAAGAGAGCCCUUUUUAUGUUCUGGUAGCAAGGAUAUGUCUAUAAAGUUGUUUGACAUUUCAAAGGCUAGUGUUAAAAAGGCUUUCAAAACUAUUACUGAAUCUGAACCAGUACGAGCUAUUUCCUUUCACCCUUUGGGCGACCACAUGAUUGUAGCUACAAAUCACCCAGUCAUUCGUCUAUAUGACAUGACUACAUUACACUGCUUUGUCUGCUCAUUUCCCAGACACCAGCACACAGGCACCGUCACAAACUUGAAAUGGUCCAGAGAUGCCAAACUCUUUGCUUCUUGUAGCAAAGAUGGAAACGUUAAGAUUUGGGAUGCUGUAUCUAAUAGAUGCAUAAAUACUAUUAUCAAGGCACAUGAUGGUUUGGAAGUUUGCUCAGUGGAAUUUUCAAAGAAUGGUAAAUAUCUGUUAACAGCUGGGAAGAAUUCAAUCUGUAAGUUGUGGGAGUUAACAACUAGCAGGUGUUUAAUUGCAUAUACAGGUGCUGGUACCACUGGUAAACAAGAAUAUGAAGCUCAAGCUGUCUUUAAUCACACAGAAGAUUAUGUACUGUUUCCAGAUGAAGCUACAACUUCUCUUUGUGCUUGGAACUCCAGGAAUGCUUCCAGAAAACAACUGAUGUCUUUGGGACACAAUGGAGCUGUUAGGUUGAUAGCUCAUUCACCAACUCAGGCUGCAUUUUUGACUUGCUCAGACGAUUUUAGAGCAAGAUUUUGGUACAGAAGAACACCAACAUUAUAAUUUGAUUAUUUUAGUUUUAAGUUUCUAUUUAAGUGCUUUUGUAAUGUAAUUUGAGGAAUAUUUAUCUAAAUAAAUCAAACUUAAAUCAG